AUGGCAGACCCAACCAACAUUCCUGCGCCUUCCCGUCGCUAUUCGCUGACCCGCGAGAACCACACCGUGACACCAGGCGUCGACAACCUCGGCCCAGGCUCACCAGGCGGCGGAAUCAGCGGCAUCGCCCUAGGCAUAGCAAACACACACGAUCGCCAGAGUGGCAUCGAUGCAUCCCGCGGCAUCGACUACAACGGUCCCGCAGAGCGCGACUACAACACCGUCGGCUCCGACACACCCUACAUACCCUCACCGGGCUUCGUCAGCGCCGAGUCCCUGCGCGGCCAUUCCUAUGGCUCCAGCUCCAACAUGGGACUCGGCGCUGCCGCCGCUUCCCCGGGCUUCCAUACCCCCGGCCAGUCCUCGCUGCAUCUCGACUCGGGCCAGAAUCAGUACCCGGCGCCGUACGCUGGUGUCAGUGAUGGCCCGUAUCAGCGCCAUUCCACCGCUUACAGUAAUGGGGACAUGAUCAAUCCGGACGAGAUCGCCGACGAUGGCGAUGAGGACUUCCCACGUUCGCGCGGUGUCGCUGCCGCCGGUGGGGGUGCUGCUGCCGGGGCUGCGGGGGGUCUUUUCACGGGCUUUUUUGGGAAAGAGAAAAAUGCCGAUGUGGCGUACAACUCGGUGCCGGGCGGUGGAUUGGAGGCUGGUAAUGGAGGGGCUGGGGCAGGGACCGGUGUGGCAGAAAAGGCCGGGAAAGGAAUGGAUAGCCGCAAGAAGAUGGGCUGGAUCGUCGGCCUCGUUCUGGGGUUCAUCAUUCUUGGUGCGAUCGUCGGUGGUGCUGUCGGUGGCACGAUUGGAAACCAACACAAUAAGGAUAAAUCCUCUUCCAGUGCAGGUUCCGACGAGACGGCAGAUGGCGAUACGAAGAGCAAUGGAGACCUCGAUAAGGACUCCUCGGAGAUCAAGGCUCUCUUGAACAACAAGGAUCUCCACAAGGUCUUCCCUGGUAUGGACUAUACGCCCUGGGGUGUCCAGUACCCCGAUUGUCUCAAGUGGCCUCCCUCGCAGAACAAUGUCACUCGUGAUAUGGCGGUUCUCUCGCAAUUGACCAAUACCGUGCGUUUGUACGGCACUGACUGUAAUCAAACGGAGAUGGUCCUCCAUGCGAUUGAUCGCCUUGAGCUGAAGGAUAUGAAGCUCUGGUUGGGUGUGUGGAUUGAUUCAAACACCACUUCCACUAAUCGCCAAUUGGAUAAGCUCUACAAGGUUCUUGAUGAGACGAAAGAUACUUCCAUCUUCAAGGGAAUCAUCGUUGGCAACGAAGCCCUGUACCGCGCCGGUGACACCAAAGCAAGCGCUAUGAAGUCGCUUAUUUCAUACAUCAAAGACGUGAAGAGCGAAGUGAAAAAACGGAGCAUCGACGUCCUCAUUGCCACAUCCGACCUAGGUGACAACUGGACUUCCGAGCUGGUCGAUGAGGUCGACGUUGUCAUGUCGAACGUGCAUCCCUUCUUCGCGGGUGUCAAUGUCGAUGUUGCUGCAGCCUGGACAUGGGACUUCUGGCAGAAUCACGACGUGACACUCACCAAGGGCACAGACAAGAAGCAAAUCAUUUCCGAAGUCGGCUGGCCGAGCGGUGGUGGCAAGGACUGUGGUGAUAGCAAAGUCUGUGACUCUGAUACGCCUGGAUCUGUUGCCAGCGUCGAGAACAUGAACACAUUCAUGGAUGACUGGGUCUGCCAGGCAUUGAAGAAUGGAACAGAUUACUUCUGGUUCGAGGCCUUCGAUGAACCAUGGAAGAUCCAGUUCAACGAGAAAGACAAAGAAUGGGAAGAUAAAUGGGGUCUGAUGGACCCUGGCCGCAACAUCAAAAAGGGUCUCAAGAUCCCAGACUGUGGGGGCGAGACUGCCUCCUAG